UCACUUCUCGUUUUUAGCUGUGCACUUGGAUUCCCAGUCUUUUUCUAUUAGCAUGCGAGCAUUAUAAUUUCUCUCUCUCUAUUUUUUUCCCCCUUCAAUUCUUUGCUUCUUAUCUUUAGCAGAUCUGGGUUUUUUUUUUUGUACUUAACUUUACUACAUUAUGUGCUGAUGAACUUAUAAUUAUCUUCAAUAUGUAAUUUGAUCUGAAAUUAAUACAAAAUUGAUGUUUUAACAGCUUUUAUACUUAUUUGCUGCAAGUCUUAAAGCUAUUCAGAAAUCUGUAAUUUUUCCGUUUGAUUGAUGUGAUGAUCUGAAUUCUGAACUUGUGAAUAUUUAUUAAUUAUGGUUAGCUUUGAUUUAGUUCCCCAAAUAGGAUUUUGAUUUUUAUGCUGAACUUUUGUUGAAAGGCAGAGAUCUCACAAAAUUGGGUGAUUUUGAUUCAGAUAAAAACUUGAAGUUUGUUCAGAGUUAAAAGGCAAAGAAAUGGUAUUUGAAAUGAAUUUUAGUGUCUUCACCGGUGCAAUAAUAGUUAUUGUCUAUUUUGCAUCAGCAAAUGCACAAGCUGUUGUAGCUCCAACACCGAUACCAACUCCGGCCCCUGCACCGGCACCAGAAUAUGUCAACCUGACUGACUUACUCUCCGUUGCCGGCCCUUUCCACACUUUCCUUGGCUAUCUUCAAUCCACCAAAGUCAUUGAAACUUUUCAAAACCAAGCCAAUAACACUGAUGAAGGAAUUACACUCUUCGUGCCGAAAGACGGGGCCUUUGCAUCACUAAAGAAGCCCUCUAUUUCUAACCUCACACAGGACCAACUCAAAUCUCUAUGCCUUUUCCAUGCCUUGCCACAUUACUACAAGCUGGCUGAUUUCACGAACCUCAGCCAACGAAGCCCCAUUCCCACUUUCGCUGGCGGCCAAUACAGUUUGAAUUUCACCGAUAACUCUGGGACAGUGCAUGUUGAUUCAGGAUGGACUAAAACAAAGGUUAUUAGUGCAGUUCGUGCUACUGAUCCGGUAGCAGUUUAUGAGACCGAUAAAGUUUUACUUCCGGAGGCAAUCUUUGGCACUGAUAUACCACCAACCCCAGCUCCAGCUCCGGCCCCAGUCCCAGAUACUGCUCCUGCAGCAGACUCCCCAUCUGAAAAGGGGGGAAGCGAAUCAUCGUCGACAAAUUCUUCACCUUCGUCUUCUUAUAGAGUUUUGAAUUCUGGUAAAUUGAGCCUGUUGGCUUCGGCUUUUGUGGGUGGAAUGCUUAUGUUCUUGUGAUUGCGUGUUUUGCUGCUCAGUUAAUUUAUGUCAUUAAAUCUAUUCACAUUUCUUGUUUCUUACCAAUUCUUUUCCCCUGUAUUUUAUUAUACCAUUAUGUAUGACAACUUGAAUUUUUGGUAGUAGCUACCAUACUUAAUGCCCGUGUUCCCUUAUUAUUGUAAUUUUUUAUUCUUCUUUCAUUUGUA